UGUAAAUCUUAUACUGAUGCACACAUUCUUUCUCCUAACUGUGCCUUUCCGCAUCUCUUAUUACGUUCUUGCAGAAAUCUUACCAGUAAGAAGAGUGUCCAUGAUUGCAUAUACAGUUGUUUGACUGUGGAAAGUAACAUCACAUUUAACCGAAACAUAAGCAGACAAGUAACACCUGCUUGAUUUUUGACUCAUCCGGAAUUUAGAUAUUGAGACGUCCUUGGAAGGAUAAAGACUUAUACAGAGGUUGGACAACAAACUAAACUCAUCAGAUACAGAAAUUACAGAACAACCUGCAAUGUCUACUGAAGACACCUCCAACUCUUCAGACAAUCAAAUCAAUCAUAAUUCACAAGAACAGCACCAAUCUGCUUUAAUAGCAUUGUACUCUAUUGUGUUUGUGGGAGGAGUUAUUGGAGCUAGUGUUAUGUUAUUUCGAAUUCUGAAGAAUGACAAGAAUUCAAAAUCAUUUAUCAUCAUCAAUCUCUUAGCAGCACAUGUGAUUUUUCUAAUAACUGUGCCAUUUCGUAUUUCUUACUAUGCAAUUAAAGAAUGGAAGUUUGGGUUAGUUUUCUGUAAGUUAGUCAGUGCUGUUAUACACAUUCACAUGUACUUAACCUUUGCAUUUUAUGUGAUCAUCAUCAUCACAAGAUUUCUUAAUGUCUUUCAAAAGAGUGAGAGACCAAAGGCUUACAAACCAUGUAAUGUUUUAGUGUUCAGUGCAGUUGUAUGGUUUGUGGUGGCUGUGGUUAUUCUUCCAAUAUUUCUAAUGAGAUAUGGCAAUAAUCUGGAAUAUGAUAAAAAUCAGUGUUUUCACUUUGAAACUGAAAUGUCAUCACCAACUGUCAGGCUAACCAAUUACAUUUUAAUCAGCACAACAAUAUGUACAGUUAUCAUUUUGCUCAUCUGGCAGAUAGGUAUAAUGUUAAAUCUGGUUUUCAAGCAUGGCUCACAAACAUGUGCACAUCAAGUCUUUCGUGCCCAACUAAAGACAUUAACAUUUAUAUUGAUAAUGUUUGUGUUUUUUGUUCCAUAUCUUGGAUUCAGAGCAUAUUACAUCAAAGAAUCAAAGAAUUGUUCAUCAGUUAUGUAUUCACUUAAUGAAGCAGGUUUAUCUAUUACCGGAAUGAGUUGUUUUGAUUUGUUAAUUUUUUGGAUAUGGUAUUCCAUUUAAAACUUUACCAAGCAGCGAGGUACUAGCCCAUGAAGAUUGUAAACUGUAUGUAGUUAUUUGAUCAAUUUUUUUUAGGGCAAGUUGAACAUCCCACACUUUGAAAUACCAAAUCAAAUGGGACAUAGUUGGAUUAGAACAGUAAAUUGCUACUUGAGGUAUAAAUUUGGUAUCAGGGACAGUUGAGAAUUAAAUAAUCAUAAAAGCAUGUCCAUUAUUCUAAAUCCCUGGAGCAUCAUUUUUGUGAAAGGUUAAACAAGUUUUGAUUCACCCACUUAACUGUUAUUGAUAUGAUUUUUAAUAUUGUUUCCUGUUCCAUCCUCUGAUGGAUAAGCUGAAUUUAAAUUCAAGACAGAACUCAUACAUUAUUUCUACAUUGUCACUGAGUUAUGCAAAGGCAUCCUAGGUGAAGAUGUAUUAGAUUUUCUCCAAAGAUGCAUAUGCUGUAAUGGAUUGUGAUGUAAAGCUUUCAAACAUGUACAGUAUUAUUUUACUUUUUAAUUAUUCCAUGUAAUAUAUUGUUGUCAAAUAAAACAAAUUCCACAGCAACCUCCCCAGGCACCAACUUUUCUGACCACAUCUUUCAGGCUUGCAACAAUUCAGCUUAAUAUUUUAAAUAUCUAUCCAAUCACACACUUUACUAAUCAUCUGUGAUAUUGUCAAAUUCUUUCUCAAAAUCAGGUAAAUUCAGCAAAAAAGAGGAAACAUUUUCACCACCAGUUCUGUACCGCACAACCGAUAUAAUUUCCCUCCCUGGACACUUUUUAAAAUUCAUUCACAGGAUGACAGUAUCGCUGCCUAGGUCAGAAUUUAUUGUCCAUCCCUAAUUGCCCAUGGAGCAGCUAAG